CAGUCGGUGGCGGUAAAGCCAACCGUUAGUCUAACCGUUAGACUACAUCAACAAGAAGAAGAGUCACAUUUUAAACUGAGCUGGAACCGGGAAACAACCAACACACUGCAGCAGCAAGGAGUGUGUGUGUGACGGGAAACACAACUCUGUCAAAAUGAGCGAGCUGGAGGACAUCAGCAAUCACAUCCAUGACAGGAUCUCAUCCGUACAGCUCAUUCUGGAUCUGUCAGUUGUUGAAUUGCCACAAAAUAAGAUAAAGCGACUUGGACAAGAAGUUGUUGCACUUCAGAGACUUAUGGAGGAGUUUGAAAAAUGUGUUGAUGGACAGAAAGAGCAACUAAAGCAUCUGAAGGAAAUUGAGGAAUCAUUCCAGGAGGGUUUGGAGGAUCUCCAGCACAUUAAGAACAACAUACCGGCACACAUACCAAGGAAGAAAGACCAAGCCACUGUAAGUCAACCUGCCCCACUUGUUCAGCAAGUCAAGCCACAAAAUGUCAAAAAGAGCGACAAGAACCAAUUCAAGCAGAUUGAGUUCAUCACUGUGCCAGAGUAUGACAGCAUCCCUCAGUACAUGAAGGGACGUGCAACAUACCAUCAGCUUAAUUUUGGGGUGGAGAACAUUAACAAAGCUGUAGCAGCCAAGUACAAGAUCCUCAAACAGCCGGCGAGAAGUCUCAGCAAUACGGCACGCAAGCUGCAGCAGCGCUUUAAGGACCAGGAGACUAAAGACACCAAAGGUCGUUUUUUUGUGGUGGAGGAAGAUAUCAGUGAAUUCAAUCAGAUGAAGGUGGACAAACGAUUUCAGGGGAUUUUGAUCAUGCUACGACACUGCCAGCGCCUGCGGGAGCUCCGGGGGGGCGGCCAUACCCGCUACAUCCUGUUAUGAAAAAACAAGACUUACUAGCAUAAAUAAGCAAUGAUAUGUAAAUCCUUUUGAACCUGCAUUGGUUGGAGUGUCUGUCAUGUAAAUGAACACAUUUAGAGAUUUACCCAGGGAUCUGCUUUUUGCCACCUGUAUGUGCACAAAACACUGGGAUGUCUUUACAUGUAUGUAUGUUGUGGUGUGAAUAAUUGUCAAUAAAAUAGAUUGUUGUGUUUUGCAUUA